CGCCCACAGACAGAGGUGAUCGGCCCUGCCCCCUCAGUGCGCAUGCGCGCGGGGUUGUUACCUGUGCGGCUGAUCUCCUCCUCCUCCUCCGCCGCGCGUGCUAAAUUAUUAUUAACGCCGCAACCGAAUCCUCCUCCUCGUCGUCGCGAGUUCUAUCAUCAUCAGCAGCAGCAGCAAUCACAUCGCCACCUUGAUUACUGGCGAGUCCGUUGUUUUCGCUACGGCGAGGCGGCGAUAAUGGCAGAUUGAUCGUGUAAUUGUUUUGCCGGGUGUUGGGAGCGAGCGAGCGGGCUAGCGGGCGAUGCCGCGGGGCCCAGGAGGAGUGGAAACGGCACCGCAGUGAGGGAUCGCGACUGAGCCCGGUGAGCGGCGUUUCCGUGGUUACCACCGCGGUUACCAUCGUUACCAUCGUUACCAGCGCCUGGGUUGCCGUGGAUACCGUCGCAGAGGUUGUCAACGUUACCGCGGGAGAGGGAUGGAAGCAGGCGUCUGGAAGGAUCUGGGGGGGGGUUCUGCCGAAAGUUACGAUGCCGAACGCGCCAAGGUGAAGGCCACGCUGGCAUGGCUCUUCGCAAAGGCCUAUGGAGCAGAUCUCAUCUCGGUGGACCUGAAAGACCCCUACGGGGACGAUGGGAGGCUGAAGACCUCCGUUGAACGUCUUUUGACCUCGGGGGACGUGUACAGCCGAGUGUGUUCACGUGUGAUGUUAGGGUACAAUACAUCCCCAGGCCACUGGCCUGUCAUUCAGGCCUUGUCCAGGCGAGGCUUGUAUGUGACCGAGGAGGGCGACUACCCGGUGACAGCGUCUGAUCUCCUCCAGAUGCCACUGCGCAUGAGUUCCCACCUCGCGCUGGCCGACUCCAUCAUGCAGGCUUACUGCACUCAGCAGCUGGGUGGCGACAGAGUCACAGCGAGCCUGCAGCGCGUCGGCGUCACCGCGGGGUCGCGCUCACCCGCGGCAGCCUACGGCAACGCAGAGAUGUCCAUCCUGCAGUGGGUCAAUGAGGUUAACGUCAGGUUGUGGGACGUACAGCAGAAGGACGGCAAGCAAGCAGACCUCGCAUCGCACAAGCGCACACAGCGUGGCCCCCCACCAACCCUAAGGAGCUUGCAUGAUGCCACCGACUGCCGCGCCCUCUUGUCCUGCAUCCACUUCUACUGCCCUCGUGCGCUGCCGCUACAAGAAGUGAGGCUCAGGGAGGGCCUCAGCGUUCAGGACAAGUUGCACAAUGCCAGACUGCUCGUUGACUUUGUGCGCGCUCACCUGGGAGACUGUCUACACCUGAAUGAGAGAGACCUUCUCUACCUGCCUCCUCCACUCAAGGUGAACCUGCUGGUUUUCGUGGUGGAGCUGCUGUGGUGGCUGGAUGAGUGCCGGCCAGACUGUGUACAGCCGCUCAUCUCAGAGACACAGGAGGUUUCCAAAGCUCCAAACAACAGCUGGCUGGAUUCCUUUCAAAUUCCCUUCUCCAACCCGCCUUCAAAAAUCUCUGACAAAACGCCGACACCAAUCAAGCCAGCGAUACCCAAAAAGCCGGACAACAUUUUUUUGUCCGGACUCUCGGACCCGGCUCCUGGUCACGGACCCCCAUCCAGGUCCAACCCUCAAAAACCAACAAUGUCGGCGUCGAGUCACCACCUGCAACCGAGACCCGCGCAGCAACCUGCCGCCCCGCAUGCCGACGAGCUGGCAAACCUGAGCCCUGGCCCUGCCGUGGCGAACCGCCGAAACUUUUUCGAGACACUCGAGCGGAAGAAGCAUCAAGGCGAUGCGAAGGCAGGCACCACCGCUUCAUCGGGGCUCCCGGCGGCCUCUUUGGCGUUGCCGCGGGGCUUCUCCAAGAAACCCGAGACGUUCAUGUUUCCGAAGGUGGCGUCGAGACCGCCGCGAGGGAGCGCUGCAGUCGACCGAACCGCCGACAGCGGCGGCGCCACUCUGGAUUCCCCGCGGGUGCCGGGCACCGAGGGCCAGGCCAGCCGCGACUCGUGCGAGCACGACUCGGGUGUCCUCUCCCAGAGUGAUGACUCGGCCUUCGGUAGCUUCGGCACGGGGACGGCGCAGGCACCGCAUGACUUGGACUCGCCCUUCGCCACGUCCAGCCCCCUGCCCGAUGGCGCCAAAAAACAGCAGAAGCAGCUGUUGACGAGGCUGCGUGGGCACGAGGCCUUGCCGGAGCGCGACGUAGGCGGGCGCGGGUGGUUCGAGGAGAGGGUUCUGGCUGUGCAGGCGCAGUUCGAGGCGAAGCAGAUGGCCAUGCAGGCGCUGACACUGCAGGUGAGCGAGCUGUGCGCUCGGAGGGACGCUCGGCAGCACAAACGCAAAAGGGCAACGCGACCACAGCCCCAGGGAGGGGAAGCAGUGCAUUGUGGGAGCUCUGCUGAGGAGGAUGGCAGAGAUGAUUGUGGCAAUAACAACGGCGAUGAGGAUGAUGAUGCAAAAGGGGAUAGCGACAGCGAGGAAAUCGCCCGCCUUGUGGAGACGUUGCUGGACCUGCAACGCGACAUGAAGCAUCUCUCGCUGGAGCAGGAAAACCUCAUUAGAAACGGACCCAAGGAGGUGGACACAUUUCGCCCGACCACCCCAGUCAACCCCAAGAAGCAGUUAUCGUCCACGCUUCCUCGGGCCAAAUCGUCAGACAACUUACUGGGACGUGGCGAAGCGCGGUUUGUCCAGCUGUCUCCAAAGACCCCGAGCUUCGAGGGCCGAGAACGCCACCCCCUGCCGGCAAGGCACGGGGUGCAGAAGCCACCGACGUCCGGCACCUACAACUCGAUGACCCUGCCGUCGAAGAAGUCACACGCGAGAGACGCCAACCGCAACCGCAGUCCGGAGCGCGACCACAAUUUAAACGUGCGCCUCGGUGGAGAUGGGGACUCGGCCUCAACCGUCGGCAUCACUCGCCGUCAUCAGCUGCUGAGCCCCCGGCCGUUCGCGAGCAGCGUGCAGACACCGCACCUCCGUCGGUUCUACGCCGACGUGGACGCCACGUCCCCCGCGGCCGGCGCCGGCCUCAACGGCAAUGACGGCAAGGGGGGGAUCUCAAACGGCAACGAGGAAUGGACUCCAGUGGUCGCCAGUCCCAAGCUGCGAGUUGGGACCGCGGCCGCGAAGAUUCGGUCGGCGAAGGCGGAUGGCAGAGGUGGCGGCGACGUGAAGAGGGGGGGGGACAGUACGAGCGGAAGCGGGCUCAGUAAACGCAACUCAAAGUCGACUCCGGACCUGAGCAGUGAAAACGCGAAUUCGAGGCAGCAGCAGCAGCAGCAGCAGCAGCCGCGACCAGGAACGCCACGCAAUGCAGGCGGGAGCACGCCGAGACGGAGAGACGGGAGGGACACUCCGGAACCCUUGUUGUCUAAAAGGAGAACACCAGGGAGAGGAGUUGACCAGUCACGCACUACGGGGACCGCUAUAAGCAAGCUGCAGUCUACUUCAUGCGCAUCGCUGGCAUCACUGCCUGCCCACAGUGGCGGGCGUGGAUCUGCUGCUCGCAAGAGGUGUGGGUCGAUGGAGGUGUUGGAUGGGGAGGGAGUAUCAAGCGAGGAGAGGGACUGGGACAGUCAAUCAACUGGCUCUUCCACAUACACAGGCCCCCGGCUGUUUGUGGAGCCGAGCAGUAAAACUAACCGCUCGCUGGUGCAGAAUGCGGUGUCGCACUGCUGCCUGGCUGGCAAGGUGAACGAGAACCAAAAACUGAAGGUGCUGCAGGAACUGGAGAUGUGCGACGCACCCCACUUCCUCAUUCUGUUCCGGCCGGGCGGCGGCUGGCAGUUCCGCGCGCUCUACGCGCAUUACCCGGAAACGGGCGCCGUGUGGCGGCUGUGCGGCCUGGGCCCUGCGAGCCUCACCGCUGGUUCGCUCACGGAGCGCGCCACCGCCCUCUACAAGUACAGUUCCGCGCACAAGGGCUUCCUGCAGCUGCCGGCGUCGCGCAGCCUGGGCCCGAGUGUUGAUGCGUUCACCCUCAAGCAGAACCAGGGCUUUGUGAGCGACCGCCGGAAGUGGGCAUCGGCCAUGGAGCUCGACUGCUAAACGGGGCCAGGGGGUCACAGCGAGGGGGGGGGAGGGGAGGGACGGGGUGUGCUCUGGCGGUCGCCUGAUGAAAGCAGGGUGAGGACAGAAGCCAGGGUACGGUGCCAUGGACCGUCGCUCGGUCGGCACGGUCAGUCCCUCUCUUGCCCCCCGCCGCCCAUCACCACUGCCCCCCCCCCCCCUCCUGCCAGGGUUUAUGUGGACAUUGUUGGCAGCUGCCACACACAGUGCCUGGUUAUUGCACAGUUGUGAUGUGUGUUGAGGGAGACGGACAGAUAUUUUGAGCGCGCGCAUGGCCUUUUUUUAAAAUUGGAUCAGAGGUAAUGGCAGCCAAGGGAAACAGGACAUUAAGUGUCAGGUAAAUAGGAGGAGAUGCAGUGGAUGGCCACGUAUAAAUAGGAUCAUCUUUUUUUUAAAGUCCCCACUGAGGAAGAGGCGCGAGUAUUGCAUUUGUGUAUGUGUUCUCGCACGCAUGUGUGCAGCAAUCCAAGGUUCGCUUCCCGCAGCAUCGUUGCUGUGUCUAUGAGGCAGGUUGGCUACAGCACACUCCGUUAUGUUCCUGAGACUCGCCUCGGUUAAGGUACCAUGGCCACAGAAAUAGCGGAUAUCAGUGGCCACUCUUGAAGCUGAGUGGUCAUGUAUAGAUGGGA